AUGGUACUUACCUGCUACCAUCAGAAGCUGCUUCAUGCUGGUCCGCAGUUUCUGGUUGCCUGCUUACGGAAGCAAUUUUGGCCAUUAAGAGUACGCAACCUGGCGCGUAAGGUAGUUCAAGAUUGCGUAAGGUGCUACCGUUGUAAACUGACUGUCCAGGACCAGCUUAUGGGAGACCUCCCUAUCGAACGGGUGACUCCAUCAUACCCGUUUCUAAAAACCGGCGUUUACCUUUGCGGACCGUUAUUCUACCGUCAUUUUGGUCGCAAGGCACUUCCUGUGAAAUGUUACGUCGCAAUAUUCGUGUGUCUCGUCACAAAGGCGGUACACAUCGAAUUGGUAGCAGACCUAUCAACCCAUGCAUUCAUCGCUGCCCUAAGAAGGAUUGCCAGACGCUCCAAACCAGCGGUCAUAGAGUUCGACAAUGCGAAGAACUUCCGCGGAGCAUCACGUGCGUUAGACGAACUGCUGGCGCAAUACAGAUCGCAACAACAUCAGCACUCCGUCGCCUCGUUUUGUGUGGAAGAAGGAAUUGAUUUCAAGUUUAUACCUCCUCGCUUGCCCAACUUCGGUGGCCUAUGGAAGGCCGCCGUAAAAUCAUUUAAAAAGCACCUUAAGUCUACCAUAGGAACUGUUGUUCUUUACAAGGACGACCUUGAGACCUUGCUCGUCCAGAUCGAGAGCUGCCUAAAUUCUAGGCCGCUUACCCAGCUUUCAACUGAUCCCGAAGACCUUGAGGCUCUUACCCCGGGACACUUUUUGGUCCAUCGCCCGCUAAAAGCUGCUGCCGAGCCAUCCUACGAUGGUAUACCUCAAAAUCGCCUUAACCGGUUCCAACAAACUCAAGAGUUCGUACGUCGAAUAUGGAAACGGUGGAGUACGGAUUAUCUGUCCGGCUUACAUCCGCGCACCAAAUGGACCCGCCUACGCAAUAACCUGAAUGUGGGGACCCUGGUGCUUCAUAGCACCCGACGCCCUGGUUUAUGUGAUGUGCCGUCCUUCUCUUAG